AUGCACUGUCAAGCCGAGGUGAGGCUCUCCUCCCCCGGCCAGCUGAAGGCUGCCAGGCGGCGCUACAAGACCUUCAUGAUCGACGAGAUCCUCUCCAAGGAGGCUUGUGAUUAUUUUGAGAAGUUUUCCCUCUACUCCGUGUGCCCGUCGCUCGUCGUCCGGCCGAAGCCUCUUCACUCAUGUUCGGGCUCCUCUUCACUACGUGCCUACCCACUCCUCUCGGUCAUCACACGGCAGCCCCCCAACCACCCCGGCCACCUCCCACACGCACCUCCGUCUCCGGGCGGAGUGCCAGGCCACCUCCCGCUACUGUCACCCCAGCACGGCCGAGGCUCCGAGACGUCGCCCAGCCAAACGCCCCUCAGCAUCAGCAGCGACUCGGAGACAGAGCGCGGCACCCCCCGCCUGAAGAAGCCCCGUCGCAGCCGCACCAUCUUCACGGAGCUGCAGCUGAUGGGGCUCGAGAAGAAGUUCCAGAAGCAAAAGUACCUUUCCACACCUGACAGGUUAGACUUGGCACAGUCCCUUGGCCUCACACAACUUCAGGUGAAGACAUGGUACCAAAACAGGCGCAUGAAGUGGAAGAAGAUGGUGCUCAAAGGAGGUCAGGAGGCACCUACCAAGCCUAAGGGCAGACCUAAGAAGAACUCAAUUCCCACCACCGAGGAAAUAGAAGCCGAGGAGCGGCGGCUGAAGCAGGAAGAAGAGGAGCAGCUGAGAAAGAUGGAGGGAAACCCCACGCCGGCUCACGCAGAAGAAACUGCGCCUCAGCUGGAUCCUGACGUUCACAGCUCUGUGCCGUCGCCCACACCACAACGUCAGAGCCUGGCGAGGGGGGCGGAGGGCGCGGAGAAGGCAAGUCCUCUCUUAAUACCCUCAGAGACUCACGCAGAGAGCUAAGCAACAAGAACACA